GUUAUGGACUAGAGUGGAACCUGGCUUGGCGCCUUUUGGCGACAUGACGUCUGUGGAAUGGCUCAUGCCAACCCAGCUCCAAGUUGAAAGCCUGGGACCCGCUUCGGCUAUGGGACUGAAGGUACCAGCGACGUUCCGGCCCCCGCCGGGCUUGGAAGUGGAAUCUCCCACGACGAGUUCAGUUGUGGAGGGAGACAUCUCGAUCCCCUGGUUCGGGAGUCGAGGACACCCACUCGCUUGCAGCCGACCUUGUGUCUACAUGAAGAAGUCGGGAGGCUGCACGGCAGGAGCCGCAUGUACUUUCUGCCACUUCAACCAUACGGGGACCAGCAUGAAGCCAGAUAAGUUGCAGCGCCGGCUUCUGAAUGAGAUGGCCGAACAGGACCGCUUGGCCGCUUUUUUGCCCUACAUCAAAGACAGAGUCGUUGCGGAGAUCGAUCAUCCCUUGGCGGAUCUCAUUGUUGUUUUGCUCGAGGCCGAGCUUGCGAAUCUUCCUGUGCCCACAGACACACGAAGGCGCAGCAAGCUCAAGAAG